GGUCAUGUUCACUGCACUGCAGAGCCGAUGGGACUGCCUGUGGACUGCUAUACCAAACUGUAUAUAUGUGCAUUGCUGAAAGGUCUCUGGUCAUCUCCUGUAUUAUAUCUGCAGUCUCUGGUCAUCUCCUGUACUAUGUCCGCAGUCUCUGGUCAUCUCCUGUACUAUGUCCGCAGUCUCUGGUCAUCUCCUGUACUAUGUCCGCAGUCUCUGGUCUUUUCCUGUACUAUGUCCGCAGUCUCUGGUCAUCUCCUGUACUGUGUCCGCAGUCUCUGGUCACCUCCUAUACUGUGUCCGCAGUCUCUGGUCAUCUCCUGUACUAUGUCCGCAGUCUCUGGUCAUCUCCUGUACUAUGUCCGCAGUCUCUGGUCAUCUCCUGUACUAUGUCCGCAGUCUCUGGUCUUUUCCUGUACUAUGUCCGCAGUCUCUGGUCAUCUCCUGUACUAUGUCCGCAGUCUCUGCUCACCGCAGUCCUGUACUAUGUCCGCAGUCUCUGGUCACCUCCUGUAGUACGUCCACAGUCUCUGGUCUUCUCCUGUAGUAAAUCCGCAGUCUAUGGUCAACUCCUGCAGUACAUCCGCAGUCUCUGGUCA